UACGACUACCUGCCUCGUGUCUCUGUGGCGUCCACAGUAUUCCAGCACUGCAGCACGUCUAGACUCCUUCGGGACCUGACAACAGGCCACCCAGCGUCGCCCAUCCAGCGCCACACUUCGUCCUCUGGUAGCAAAAAGGACGUGUCCGUCCGUGGCCCUUCCCUUCAGCUUUCACUUCUCCGCCGGUCCCAGCGAAUUAUUAGAUUCGACCUAACCGGACUACGGCGGGUGAAGUGAAUUAGGUACCUACACUCCUUACAUCCACUGGCCUUUGCAACCAUGGACACCACCUUCAUCACCAUUCAUGAUCUCUCCGAGGAAGCCCACAUCCUCUACUCAUCAGACUCCAUUGUCGACAUUCUCGGCCACACGCCCGACGAGGUCGUCAACAAAUCGGUAUGGCAGUUCUUCCACCCGGACGAGAUUCCCAUAGCGAAGCAGCUACAUGACCGAAGCGUGAGGCUUGAUAAGGCUUCCGUUCUCUCGUACUGCCGCAUCAAGAACCGCCAGGGCGAAUGGGUCGGCUGCGAGUGCUGUUUCUCCAUCGUUUACGAUGUGAUGGUCUGUUGCACCUCCAUCUAUCGCCAGGGAAUGAACAGCCAGAAACGUGCAGCAGAGGCGCCCAUCGUGCGGAAGCUGUUUUCCUCAUCCCCUGAGGAUCCUCGCUACCAUAUGCUGUCGCACUUGUCCAGCAAGUUUACGCUUGGCCCAGAGAGCCAGACGCACGAGCCGCGCGCCGCUCUUUUCCUCAACCGCUUCACUCGAACUUUGACGGUCAUGUAUGCCACCAGUGGCAUCGAGGAGAUCCUUGGCAUACCGAGUGAUGAGAUGAUAGGACGUAGCUUCUACUUUUGCAUCGCACAGAACUGUCUGAACGACGCAGUAAAGUGCUUGGAGUCGGCUAAAGGCAAUGACUCUAUCGCUUAUAUGCGCUUCUUCUUCCGCGAUCCUCGUCAAGACGAUCCUCCGAAUCCGUUGAGUUCGGAGAGCGAGGACGAUAUAAUGACAGACAUCACAUCUUCCGACGACGAAUCCGAGGCUUCAACAACUAAUGGAGAAACCCAUUUGUCGCGCGGCGAGUUUUCAAACAGCCGUUCGCACGCGUCCAACAGUAUGGACACCAACGGCGGCUCCAACUCGCGAGAACCCUCGGGAAAUAUUGCCGACCGCUCGAAUGUCCACUCAGAGGCUCGUUCGGAUAGCUCAUCCCUAGCGGCUGGCUCGCCUUACUCGGAUGCCCGCGAGGAAGCCAUCGAGCUCGAAGCUGUUGUUUCUUGCACCUCCGAUGGGCUUGUUGUGUGCCUUCGUCGCGCCCGACCUGCGAUACCCACCCCUACUGCGCAACCCGCAGUCAACAACGGAAUCUUCGCUGCUCCCUGGGCACAACAACCCAUGUUCGCUCCCGCUUUGCCCCAGCUACCACCCUACCCUCUCGGUGCAGUGCACCCUGCUAUGGCUCAGGCAGGCCCUCCGCCGGCAAUGCAGAGCACCUUCAUGCAAGCCAUUCGCGACGUUGCGGUCUUUGCAUGGGCUCUGGUCGGAAUCAAUGGGAGUCUUGCGGAAUACGCAGACUCCCGGAGCAAACCCGUGGGUGAAGCUCAACCCCCGGAUGGCUUCCCUAUCUGGGAUCCAAGCCAUAGACCUGAUAACAGGGACAAGCAUUCCAUGGCACCAUCGGGCUAUGCUUCGGGUUCUGGGAGUUCGUCGAGCCACGAUCCUUAUGGGUUUGGCGAUCCAGGUCUCAAAUGAGAUGGAUAGCUGUACAGCCCGCUUGCAUGGCGGCCUGCUUGUGACAGCUGAUCUCGCAGUACGCUGUCUGCACCGACCACUCUGAUAUCCAUGAUCUUCUGGGCGAACCAAAAAUGCGCAGAUGGCUCAACAUCUGAAGUAAAAUGGCUGU